AAGCAGCAGAGUUACAGACACAAUUAUACGCUAUCGAUUGAGAUUGACUCAACAGAUAUGGAAGUGACCGACAUUCCAAUAUUGUUCUAACCGAGGCACUGAAGACAGUGAAGCAGCCAACGGCGGUAUGGAAAGGUAUAGUUUGGUUCUAAUCUUCGGCUUCAGUUCUAUCGUAUUGGCAGGGAAAGAUACGGACGAGGAACUCGGACAUUAUGUGAAGAAUGAACCUAAAACAGACAGGCCUUGGACGAGCAACGAGCGUAGGAUUAAUAAAAUGAUCGAAGACGAGAUUAUAAAAUACAACUAUGCUCCUGAAACCACGGAAUGCCCAUUGGAUAGUCAAGGGAAACCAAAGCCCACUGAAGGAAGAGAACCCACAUGGUGGAAUGCUUACAGGCAAGCCAAGGAAGGAGAUAGGCCUGACUGGAGCGCAGAGAUUAGGGAGCUGAUAAAGAACCCUAGGACUUAUCCUCCUUGGACUCCCAGCCAAGAAUCGGAGCCUGUACAGUCACGUUGGAAAAAUAUAGAACCCUUCACCUGGAGGCCAGGGGCUCCCGUGGUAAGUGUGCGCCUGAAGACAGACGCCACCACAAGACAGACGGGGACAGAAGAACCUACGACAGAGAGAUCUAUCGUCCUCUCGUCUGCGCACUGGGACACGUCAGAGGAAGGGGGUGGUGGAGGGGGAACUGAGCCUCCGUUAAAUUUGGCUCCCCUGCAGAAGGGAUAUAGAGAAGAUGACGGCUAUUUAAAAGUAAAGCCUAGAAAAAAGUCAAGGACGAUAAAUGUAAAGAAAGACACUGCAAUGAACUCACAUCAUAAACAGCAAUACAGAAAUAAAAAGCCUCAGACAAGACACAACGUAAAGAAUGGUCAGUCUGCAAAUUCUGCGGAUGAUGAGAAAAUCAAAGAAAUAAGAAUGCGAAGAGAAAGAAAUCGACGAUCCCGUUAUAAUGCUCAAAACGGACAUUUUGCAAGGGUCUGAUUUUUAA